AUGCCCAUCAACCCGCACACGAAAGCCCUCUUCUUCGACGUCUUUGGUACCACGGUGCAAUGGCGAACAUCCGUCACAAAAGCCCUCAAAGAAGCCAGCGAGCGAGCCCUCCGCGACAACCGAGAGUCCCUUCACACAGACCUUCGCGCCCAAGCAUCGGCGAUGACAGAAGACAACUGGCACAGCAUGGCUGAGGACUGGCGCGCCUCCUACGGUCGCUUCACGAAGACCUUCGACCCCUCGAACGGGUUCGUCUCCGUCGACCAGGCCCACUACGACGCGCUCAAGGAACACCUCUGCGCACGACAACUCGACGACCUGUUCACAGAAGACCAGCUCCAGGAGCUCGUGCGGUGUUGGCACAAACUAGACCCCUGGGAUGAUACCGUGCAAGGACUAAAAUUGCUAAGCAGCAAAUUCCGUACAUGCACGCUCACCAACGCGAAUGUGUCGCUGCUGGAGGAUCUCGUGCAGCACGGGCCACUCCCAUUUACAGAUCUUGCCAGCGCUGAGCACUUUGGGGUUUAUAAGCCGUCGCCGCGAGUUUAUCUCGGCGCCGCGGAACGGCUGGGGUUCAAGCCGGAAGAGUGUGCGCUCGUCGCGGCGCAUCUCGGCGACCUGAAGGCUGCCAAGGCGUGCGGGUUUGGCACGAUCUACGUUGAGCGAAUCGGAGAGGAGUUUGAAGACCUCAAUCAGGCAAUCAAGGAUGGGUAUGUGGAUUUGGCGGUGGAGUUGGAGGUUAGUCCCGAUGGCUUCGUAGAGGUCGCUAGGCAGCUAGGUAUCUCGACAGAGGGGCUGUAG